AUGAUCGAGCACGGAAGCACCCAACGUCAACCAUUCCACAUGUUCUUUGACUGUUGGCUCGGCGAGCUAAGUACCACCCUUGAGCAGCUCGUCUCAGCCGCCAACCACCACAAAGACGAUGAUGAUAUCGAAGACGACUCAGACUUAUACUUGCUGAAUGGUAAAGCUGUAGGGCACUACGAGGAGUACUACAAGGCUAAAUCAGAUGGAGCAAAAGGAGAUGUGCUUUCGAUGUUUACACCCACAAGGCUAACAAAGCUUAAAGAUGCUUUUUUGUGGAUCGCCGGAUGGCGGCCGACGAUGGCUAUCCACCUGCUGUACUCCAAGUCCGGAAUCCAGUUUAAAGCCAAUCUCAGUGAUCAAAUUCCGUUAUUUAGCUGCGGGGAUUUAGGAGACUUGACUUCGAAUCAGAUGUUCCGAAUCGACGAGUUACAGAAGAAAACCAUCCGUGAAGAGAGAGCUGUAACCGAGAAAAUGGCGACUUUACAGGAGUCCUCGGCAGACACGGACAUGGUAGAUUUAUCCAACGUGGUGUCGGAGAUGAUCAGGAAGAAGAACGUCGAUGGAGGGAGGGAUUUUGAUGAAAGAGUGGAAAAGGUGAUAGAGGAGAAGAAGGAUGAACUGGAGAAGGUGUUACACAUGGCGGAUGUUCUGAGAAUGGAGACAUUGAAGUCCGUAGUGGAGAUACUGACGCCGUUACAGGCGGUGUACUUUCUAAUCGCUGCCGCGGAGCUUCACCUCCGGCUACACGAAUGGGGCCAGAAGAUGGACGCGGCUUAG